UGGCCCGCGGCGCCCCCACGCAGGCGGGACCGCGCUCAUUCCGCCGGGAGCAGCGCCGCUCGGAGCCCGCGUCCACUGCCGCUGCGGGAUGCUGCGCUCCACGUCCACCGUCACUCUGCUCUCCGGCGGCGGCACCAGGGCGCCCGGGACACCCAGCCGGAGGGCAAAUGUCUGCAGACUGCGGCUGACCGUACCUCCCGAGAGUCCCGUUUCUGAGGAAAGUGAGAAGAAGGUUGAAAGAAAAGAGCAACAUCCUGACCCAAGCAAUGGGGAGCCAACCAGGAAACUUCCUCAGGGCGUUGUCUAUGGCGUGGUGCGAAGAUCAGAUCAAAAUCAGCAGAAAGAAAUGGUGGUGUAUGGGUGGUCCACCAAUCAGCUGAAAGAAGAGAUGAAUUACAUCAAAGAUGUGAGAGCCACCUUGGAAAAAGUAAGGAGGCGGAUGUACGGAGACUAUGAUGAAAUGAGACAGAAGAUUCGGCAGAUCACCCAGGAGCUGUCAGUUUCACAGGCUCAGAAGGACUACCUGGAGAAUCACAUCGAAACACAGUCGUCGGCCCUGGACAGCUUUAAUGCCACGAACUCGGCGCUGGCGUCAGACUCCAUUGACCUGCAGAAAACGCUUGUGGAUGUUACUUUGGAAAAUAGCAACAUUAAGGAUCAAAUCAGAAAUCUGCAGCAGACAUAUGAAGUGUCCAUGGACAAGCUGCGGGAAAAGCAGAGGCAGUUAGAGGCCGCGCAAGUUGAAAACCAGCUGCUGAAAAUGAAGGUGGAGUCCUCCCACGAAGCCAACGCCGAGGUGUUGAGAGAGAUGACCAGGAAGCUGUACAGCCAGUACGAAGACAAGCUGCAGGAAGAGCAGCAGCGGCACAGCGCCGAGAAGCAGGCGCUCCUGGAAGAAACCAAUAGUUUUCUGAAAACGAUUGAAGAAGCCAAUAAGAAGAUGCAGGCGGCAGAGAUCAGCCUGGAAGAGAAAGACCAGAGGAUUGGGGAGCUGGACAGGCUGAUCGAGCGCAUGGAAAAGGAACGCCAUCAGCUGCAACUACAACUCCUAGAGCACGAAACAGAAAUGUCCGGGGAAAUAACCGACUCUGACAACGAAAGGUAUCAGCAGCUGGAGGAGGCGUCGGCCAGCCUCCGGGAACGGAUCCGACAUCUGGAUGACAUGGUGCAUUGCCAGCAGAAGAAGGUCAAGCAGAUGGUUGAGGAGAUCAUGUCCCACGAGCUCUUCUCCAGAUUUAGUCUCCGGCUCUUUGGAAGAUGAUAAAAUGGUAGCCUGCCCUGGGUUGGAAGCGAUUCCUUGUAUUGUUCGUGAUUAGAAGAACACUUGCACUCUCUGCUGGGAAGAGGUGGCAUGUAUCUGAUGAGCCGAUGAACAAAACAGGAAGGACACCUAUUAAAAGGAACACUUGACCAUGUAGGGCUCUUAUUUGUGGAAACACCACAUACUGUAACCUCAACUCCUACAGCCUCACACUGCAGAGUCAAGAGGGCUCAAAGAUCCACAGACCAUUUUUUAGAAACUUGAGUUCCUAGACAUCAAAGAAGGAGCCACGAUGAAAAAUAGUCCUAAAUAUAAUUUGGAAAGUGCCAGGUGGAGGCUGAUCAUCAGGUCCUGGAGAAUGGAGCCUUGCGUAUGGAGAAGCUGCCGAGGACCCUGCUAAGGAGACGGGAAGUGGGCUUGAAGACCUCCAGUGCUCCCACCAGAUCACACCCCAGAAAACACAGAAGCAGCCGAGUGUCCAUGUAGUUUGCUUUUAUUUAUCUGUGAGUGGUGGCCCAGCGAUGUCCUCUCUGAGUGGAGAUCAACAGCACUAGUCAACUUAGCACUCUUCCUGUUGGUUAAGGAGAGUUUGGUUGACUUCUAUCACCACAGGCAUUUUGCCUGAGUAGACAGUUCAACUAACUUCAUGAAAAGGAGAAGUAUAUCUGAUGAUGAGAGACAUGUAUUAGGCUGAAAUAUAUUGAAGUGAAAUAUGCUUCGUGCCUGCUUUAUUUUUAUAGGGUGCCGGUAUCUCAUCAAAAUGUAGUGUUGCUUAAAUCUAGUUAGUAGCAGCAGCAGUGGUGGUGGUAAUAAUAACCAGUGGGAGAUGUUAGCCCACCUACGCUAGUAGACUGGGUUAAUGGAGUGAGUUCAUUAAGGGGACAGCGUCAAUUUGAUGUUCUCCACUCCCACCACUUCUUCACGGCAAGGUGGACAGGUAGAUGCUUUCUUGUCAAUAGUUGCCUUUGGGCUUUCAUUGAGAUGCUUCUGUCCAGCUUAAGCAAGCAAGCAGGCAGUGGAUGGGAAAGGAAGCAGAUGAAUAAAUUCCUGGAUUAGUUAAUGCAGUUAACCUACCUUGGUAUCCUGUUUCAGUGCAGGUCCCCAGAUACUCUGCUGGGAACUCAGACUUCUGCUAGGGAGAUUUGAGUCAAAUUUGAGAUUUGCUGACCCAGAUGUCACUCUAGUGUUGAAACCUACACUGUUUAUAGGGUUACAUACCUUCACUACCCUCAUGUUUUUUUAAGUCUCUGGUGGAAAAGUUCCUAGCAUUUGUUCUGGAGGCAUAGAUUCAUUACCCAGUUUCAAAAAGGAAGGAGGGAAGGAAGGAAGGAAGGAAGGAAGGAAGGAAGGAAGGAAGGAAGGAAGGAAGGAAGGAAGGAAGGAAGGAAGGAAGAGAAAAUGAAACGGAAAUGUCAUGACUUGUAGAGAAAGUGGAUCAUUGAGGUGAGCCUUUCUCCCAGAACUGUGUGCUGUCCUGCCCUUAGAGUUUCUUCCCUCUUGUGGGUGACAGACAGUCCUUGGAGGCCAGCUAGGCUUUAUUUUGUGCAGAGAGUGGGGCCUUGAUUGUGUGCAGGACCCUGAGAGCCUCCAAUAUGUUAUGCCCUCGGCGCCUCAUCCACGUCCCCCUAGGACUGGCCCUAGCUCCUCGGCCAGUUGGUGAUCUCCUUGACCUGGAGAUCACCAACUGGCCUGACAGGACCUCCCUCCACCUGCCCCUUCCUCCUGUGCCUGUGUCCAGUUCACACUUUGCUGCCAGUAUUGUGAUAUGGUGUGAACUUGACUUAUUGCCUGUCACACCUGAGUUAGGUGUUCACAUUCUGCUGCACCCGACCCAUGCUCCUCCCCUUAACUGGAUCAUUAGCUUUCGGCUCUUAAGGCUACAGUUUUGUCUCAUGGACACUCAGGCUUCCACCCAAAAGAGGUGCUACUCAGAAAUUUGAGGCAGAAUAUAUUUAUAGUAAAUUAGAAUGUUAUAGUUUCAGAUCCUAGUGUUUAAUGUUGUAUUACUCAUGUCUUUAUUUUAAAAUCUUAGAUACUUUAUCUAAAAUGUAGUUUUUAGAAGGUAUCAGAAAGCUCAUAUGUGUGGGAGCCUUUUCUUCUAUGCAUUAUUGAAAGGAUUACCGCAGUCUCAUUGUAUGACAUGUACUGAUACAUGUAUUCACCAUACAGAUUGUCCUUUCAAGGGAGAAGGUCUUUUCUUUGUCACUGUCACUGAACCCACUUUCUUUGUUGAGAUUGUUUCUAGUUGGCUCUGCAAUAUUUCUUAAAGCCCAGGUGCCCACGAUCUUCCCAUAGAGAGUAUGUGAGGCUGUGCUCCUGUCCACGUGACUACCGCCUACUGGGUGUUUCUCAGGUUUCAAGGCAACGCGUGUAGACCUCACAGUCCCACACACACUAAACCUCUAUGGAAGGUAUUAUUAGCCCAAUUUUUUUUGGCAUAGGAAACUGAGACUUAGUGUCUUAAAAAAUAAGUAGCCAUCCAUCUCUUAGCAAAAGAUGUUGGUCUCGGGUUCAUUGAUUCCAAAACCAGCAUUCAUUCUUUGCUUCUUCUGUAUUUCUAAUUGGGAAAAAUUUUUAAUGCAGAAAAUUAUAGAGAAUUAUUAAAACAAAAACAUUGGGACUCUCCUCUAGAAUUGACAAAUAUUAACAUUUUGGCAUAUAUUUCAGAUUUUUCUAAAUAAAAGAAAACAGUACAGACAAAGGGGAGUUUCUUUUUUUAUCCCUCUGCAGUUCUGAUCUUUUUCCUUCUCCCCCAUCCCUCCCUCCUCAGAGGCAAUUUGGUCUCUAUGCAGAUCAUGUGUCGAUGCCUUUACUACCUACAUAUGUGUCUAUUA